GCCGCCCCCAACCGCCCCGGCGUGUGUGUCUGAUGCCCCCCCGCUCGCGCCCGUCGUGAGGCCGCCCGCAACACCAGCAUCUAGACGUCGUCCACGCCCCCACCCCACUGAGUCUGCAGGAUGACCAAGUACUUCGAUUUCGUGUGGAGGAAGGAGGUGGACCAGAGGCUGCAGGACGGCGCCGUCUUCGACCGCUGGACCGAGGACAAGGAAAGCACCGACUAUGAGCCCAAUUGCGUCUUCAAAGUGGACGAAUAUGGCUUCUUCGUCUACUGGAAGAGCGACGGACGAGAAGGAAACGUGGCGGAACUCUCGCAAGUGUCCGAUAUUCGUCGCGCUCAGCUGCCCAGAGAUCCAAAAUUGGCGGAUCGGUUACUGAACAAAUUCGGACAAGAUGUAGAGGACAAAAUGUUAGCCAUUUGUUCCGGGCUGGAUUACGUCACCAUCAACUACACCAAUAUAGUGUGUAAGACCAAAGACGAAGCUGAUGCAUGGCUAGAGAACCUAAGGAAAAUCUUCCACAAUGUGAGAGCCAACAACAUAUGUCCUAUGAUGUGCUUAAAGAAACAUUGGAUGAGAUUGGGCAUGACAGUGGACGCGAUGGGCAACAUACCCGUCAAGAACAUCGUCCGUACUUUCGCCUCAGGCAAGACCGAGAAGAUGGUGUACCAGUGCCUUGAGGAUAUGAGUCUUCCCUCGGGCAAGGGUGACAGUUUGGAUAAGGAAGCCUUCACAUUCGAAAAGUUCUUCCACUUGUACUUGACCAUCUGUCCCAGAACUGAUAUUGAUGAACUGUUUACUUCUAUUACAAAAGGGGAACACGUCAGCCUUGCACAGUUGGUGAAGUUCAUGAACGAGAAGCAGCGAGACCCGAGCCUGAACGAAAUCUUGUACCCGCUGUACGACGAGAAACGGUGCAUGGAGAUCAUCACAGCACACGAACCCCACCAAGAGAACAUAGAUAACAAACGAUUUAGCAAGGAUGGGCUAUUGGCUUACCUAAUGUCAGAUGAGAAUGCACCAGUAUUCUUGGAUCGUCUGGAUAUCUACCAGGACAUGGACCAGCCACUCUCCCAUUAUUACAUCAACUCAUCCCACAACACAUACCUUUCUGGCAGGCAGUUUGGAGGUAAAUCCACUGCCGAGAUGUACAGACAGACACUGCUGGCUGGAUGCAGACUGAUGAAUAUUGUACAAAACAGCAAAAACCUAUUUGCCACUCUUGAUUAUGCAUGCAGUAUAGAAUACUUAUUUUCAAGACUUAAUAGGAUUAAAAAUGAGUCAAAGAACACAAUGGGUCAUGAACAAGAAUUUCAGCAUGAUACAAAUAUUCCUAGUAUCAGCAACAAACUUAAACAAGUCAAGCUGACCCUGAAGGAACAGUUCCAGCUCCUGUUUCUCCACCUCUGGCUUCAGUCGCUUAUUCUUGAUAAGGAUCUUGUUCUUCAGUUGACUGGGAGGAGGAAGAGGAUGGCCAGGAACCAACUGCGAAGAUGGAAGAGUUUCUUUAAGCAGAAGUGGAAAGUUCCAGAAAUUCAGAGGUAUGCUAGUAACCCGUGCACUACCAUCACCACCCCUGUGUCGCAGCCCUCGCUAGAAGACGAUAAGCCCCUGACGGCGGAGGAGCGAGCCUUCCUCUAUUACCAGUAUACGGGCGCAACCACCCACGUCCACCCUGUCCUCUCUUCCUACGUCAACUACUGCCAGCCAGUCAAGUUCCAGGGCUUUGAUGUGGCCGAAGAAAAGAAUGUCCAUCACAACAUGUCUUCAUUUUCGGAGACCAUGGGGUUAGGGUACCUCAAGACACAGGCUAUUGAGUUUGUCAACUACAACAAGCGACAGAUGUCUAGAAUUUACCCCAAGGGAGCCAGAGUGGACUCCUCCAAUUACAUGCCUCAGGUGUUCUGGAAUGCUGGCUGUCAGAUGGUGUCCCUGAACUUCCAGACCUCAGAUCUGCCCAUGCAGUUAAACCAGGGAAAGUUUGAAUACAAUGGAAACUGUGGAUACCUACUCAAGCCUGAUUUCAUGCGUCGUACAGACAAAACCUUUGAUCCGUUUGCAGAAUCUCCUGUAGAUGGUGUGAUUGCUGCUCAGGUUGCUGUGUCGGUCAUAGCUGGUCAGUUCUUGUCAGACAAGAAAGUUGGCACAUAUGUGGAGGUGGACAUGUAUGGCUUACCAACAGACACCAUCAGGAAGGAGUUCAGAACCCGAAUGAUCCCAGGAAAUGGUCUCAACCCACAGUACAAUGAGGAACCCUUCCUCUUCCGUAAAGUUGUUUUGCCUGAUCUGGCUGUGCUAAGAUUUGGUGUGUUUGAUGAGAAUGGCAAGAUGUUAGGCCAACGUAUUCUGCCCCUUGAUGGUCUCCAGGCUGGCUAUCGUCAUAUUUCCUUACGUACAGAAGGCAACUUCCCAAUGUCUCUUCCCAUGUUGUUCUGUAAUAUUGAACUCAAAAUUUAUGUACCUGAUGGUCUUGGCGAUCUCAUGGAUGCCCUCUCUGAUCCUCGGGCUUUCUUGAGUGCCCAAGAGAAGCGAGAACAGCAGAUGAAGGCCAUGGGAAUUGAGGCAUCAGACAUCGACACCAAAGCCCUGAAAGGUGGAAAGGGAGGUGCUAAGGCAGGUGGAGCAGGAGGCAAACCACAAGAAAGAGGAAGAAGUCCUUGAAUUUGAUCCCAUCAAUCUAGAAACACUUCGAGCUCAGAAGAACUUCUUGAAGGCAACUAAGAAGCAGCAGAAGGAACUUGAAAGUAUGAGAAAAAAGCACAUGAAGGAACGCUUGUCUAUCCAGAAGGGUCAGUGCAGUGCGAUUGAAAAGGUUGCUAAGGGCAAAAAAGAGGUACUGGAUGACCCUAAGAUCAAGGCAAUAGUGACUGAUCAGAUGAAGCAGUGGUCUGAGAUGAUGGAGAAACACCGCAAGGAGGAGUGGGAGAUGCUGAAGGAACAUCUCAAGAGUCAAGAAGACAUCCUCAAGAAGCUUAUGGAGGAAGAACAGGCCAGCCAGAUUAAGAAGCUGGAAGGAAAGCAUGAACAGGACAUGAAAGACAUGAAAGCAAACCAGGCAAAGUUGGCAGUAGAAACAGCUAAGGAUGUAGCAUCAGACAAAACACUGAAGACAAAGGCUGACCGUGAUCGUCGUUUGAAGGAAAAGAAUCAAAAUAACACCAAGAGAUUCAUUGAAGAGCGAAAGAUUUCAGCCAUGAAACAGGGCAAGCAGAUGGACAAGUUAAAAAAGAUCCAUAAUGAGCAAAUGAGUGCCCUCACCAAGGAUAUCCAGAUGGCCAUCCAAUUUUAUGAGAACACAGAAGCUGAAUACAAGAUGUGGCAGAAGAUUGAAUUUUUCUGUUGAAGAGUCAACCCUCCAUAAUGUAGCUGGAGUUGUGUUAUGGCACACUCUUCACCUCUUGUGAAGAUCUCCAGACCAGCUGCCUUGGUUCAUCUGCAAGCCUUAGCAUCCAUUAUUUCUGUGCAUCUGCAAUAUUAGCCCAUUGGUAAAGUGUGUGUAAUGUACAGGAAAUGAGGAGUGAUGAAAAUCAGGGUAAUUAGAUGUGUCUGGUUUACAAAACAAAAAACAAAGGAAAUGUGGUUAAGCUCUCCAUUCUCCUCUUUGGUUUAGUAGACUUGGAAAAUCUGCUAUUCAGAGUCUAGUAAAAAGAAAGCUACUAUAAACUUAAUCAACACACUAAAAUGUAGU